GUAUUGCCAUAGCGGUAACGUUAGAAACGGAAAAGGUUUUUAAAUAAUUUUAGCUUGGUAUGUAAUCAUAGUAAGCCUUACUGUAGACAAGGCAGAUGUGUAGCCAAGUCAGCGGACGUUAAUGUAAACAUUUAACGUUAGCUGGCUAAGUUAAUGCAUGGCGAUAGUAGUAGCCCAUGCUAGUAGUAGCAAAGAGCAAUUUGCUGAAUAGGGGAAAUAACGCAAGAGCAUUGGUUAACCAGCUAACGUUAGCUAACGCAGCAAGCAUUCGUGAAGUGGAAUCCAAAUGCCAGUUAGCGUUUUCCCUGUCUAGCUAGCUAGCUAACGUUAAGUGUUGAUGAGAGUCAGACGUCGAGUAACGUUAACUUACAUUAUAGAAGGACACCCAGAUAGCUAGCACAGUAGAGGACUUCGCUUACAAUCUUCAAGUUAAGUUCCAUAUUGUGAGCUUGACUUCGCUCUAGUGAAUUAGGUCUUUCCCCCUUUUUUUGUUUGAGGCCGGUAUGUCGGAUGAGGAUUCGCGUGCCAGCACUAGUUCUUCAUCUUCCUCUUCCUCGACUCAACAACAAAAACAAAGAGACACACCUAACAAGAAACGAGAGAGUAAAGCCAACAUGAGCAAGACCUCGAAACUGCUCUCGACCAGUGCGAAAAGGAUUCAGAAAGAGCUGGCAGACAUCACACUGGACCCGCCGCCGAACUGCAGUGCCGGGCCUAAAGGAGACAACAUCUACGAGUGGAGAUCCACGAUCCUGGGACCCCCAGGGUCCGUGUACGAGGGAGGGGUCUUCUUCCUCGACAUCGCCUUCACGCCCGACUACCCCUUCAAACCACCCAAGGUUACGUUCCGCACAAGAAUCUACCACUGUAACAUCAACAGCCAGGGCGUGAUCUGCCUGGACAUCCUGAAAGACAACUGGAGCCCCGCCCUCACCAUCUCCAAGGUGCUGCUGUCCAUCUGCUCCCUGCUCACAGACUGCAACCCCGCCGAUCCCCUGGUUGGAAGCAUCGCCACCCAAUACAUGACAAACAGAGCCGAACACGACAGAAUAGCCAAACAGUGGACCAAGCGGUACGCCACAUAACUGCACCAGGAGGCCCAGCUCCGGGACCGAGCCGCAGGAGGAGCUGCGCAGGGAACGGAUGGGGAAGGGGGAAGGCCUUCAGGCUGGGCUGGGGUUUGGGCUGG